AUGUCCUUCCCAAUCGAAGAUAAAGCUGAGAUCAGUCAUAUCGAAGCUGGAGAUGAUAACCUCAAGCACGAUGCCCAUCACCUAACCUCCGAAGAGAUGAAACAUGGUGAUAGAGCCUUGAAGUACAUCGGUGACGAACGUGUGGAGCUCACUGAAGAAGACAACGUCCGCAUCAGACGAAAGACUGAUAAGAGAAUUUUGACGAUUCUCAUGUGGGUCUACUUCUUGCAAAUCUUCGACAAAACUCUUCUCGGAUAUGCAAACAACUUGGGAAUGUCGACCACCGUUGGUUUGCAUGGUAAUCAAUAUUCCUUGCUUUCAAUGAUCAAUGCCAUUGCCCAGCUCGCCUGGCAACCUUUCAGUUCAUAUUUGCUUGUCAAGAUACCUGCUCGACACUUGAUGACAGGUAUGGUAUUCUGCUGGGGUAUGUCACAAGCCUGCAUGGCUGCCUCAUCAUCCUUCGGUGGAUUGUUAGCAUGCCGAUUCCUCUUAGGUCUCUUCGAAGCCGGUUGCUUGCCCCUAUUCUCCCUUCUCACCGUUCAAUGGUAUCGACGAUCUGAACAACCUGUCCGAGUGGCCGCUUGGUACUCUACCAACGGUAUGGCUACUAUCGUCGCCGCGCUCAUCUCGUUCGGAUUGGGUCACGUCAAUUCACCCCACAUCCACAAUUGGCAAUUAGUGUUUAUCAUUUCCGGUGUCAUCACCGUCUUCACUGCCCCUGUGAUUUGGUUCGUCAUCGAUUCCGAUGUUGCCUCGGCCCGAUUCUUCGACGAGGAAGAAAAAGCCAGAGCUAUCGAAAGACUCCGAGCCAACAACACGGGUACCGGUACCAACGAAUUUAAGUGGGCUCAAGUCCUCGAACUCUUCCUCGAUCCCAAGACAUACCUCUGGUUAGCCUUAACCUUAUGCAUCAACGUCGGAGCAGCUGUUACCACAUACUUCGGUCCUACGUUAAUAGGAUCGUUUGGCUUCUCCAAGAACAUCAGUUCUCUUCUGAACAUGCCCUUCGGGAUGCUUCAAAUCAUCGCGAUUCUAUCUGGAUGCUACGCCGCUACGAAGUUUAAAAUCAAGUCAGCAAUGAUUGCCGCUUUCACGACAAUCGUUAUCAUCGGUUUAGCUCUUCUUUACGUUGAGAAUACUCGGGGUCAUCUCAGAAUCGCUGUAGCACUCGUUGGGUAUUAUCUUCUGGCUUUCCUCUUCGGUUGUAACCCAAUGGUUGUUGCCUGGAUCUCUGGUAACACUGCUGGUCAAACCAAGAAGGCAGCGGUGAUGUCCGUUUUCAACGCAGCGUCUGCUGUCGGUAAUAUCGUUGGUCCAGCUAUCUUCACGGACAAAGACAAGCCUCACUAUAUCCCAGGUCUCAAGACAACUCUCGGUAUCUUCUGCGCCAUGUUGGGUUGUGUAGGUAUCCAAGUUGUCUUGCUAUAUUUCCUAAACAAACAAAGACAGAAUCAACGUGUUGCUCAUGGAAAACCAAGAUUUAUCAAAGACACUUCUAUGGAAGAGAGAUAUCAAGCCUAUGGAACUGAAGAACAUAGUGGCAAUCUGGGUCAAAACGCACUCCUCGAUUUGACCGAUGUCAAGAACGACGAGUUCGUUUACGUUUAUUAA